AUGACAAAUAAAUCUACAGAAGAAUUAGAAAAUGAAUUUGUUGAUGAAAUUAUAAAUUAUAAUGGCGAAGUAGAACCUAAUGCUGCUGAUGGUGACACUGAACAAAAUGGGACAAAUUCAUCAGAUCAAAGAAAAGAUAAUUCCUUAACUUCAGGAGAUAAUAAAGUAGAAAAUAAAGAGCAUGAAGAACCUUCUGAAAUUGAAGGUACUGAAGUGAUUAAAGAGGAAGAGGAGGAAGAGGAGGAAGAGGAAGAGGAGGAAGAGGAGGAUGAAGAAGAAUAUGAAGUUGAGGAAGUUAUUAGUCAUAAAAAAUAUAAAGGCAAAACAAAGUAUCUUAUCAAAUGGAAAGAUGAGGCAACUUGGGAAAACGAAGACAAUGUCUUUGCUGAAGCUCUUGUAAAAGAAUAUUGGGAUAAACUCCAAGAUCCAUCAAAGGCUUCUAAAAGUGCACAAAGUUCAGCAAGUUCUAAAACUACAGCAGCAGCCACAAGUUCUAAGAGUACAGUAGCAGCUGCAAGCUCCAAGAGUUCAACAGUCACAGCCCCAAAAGGUAAAAAAAGACUAUCCACAUCAUCUCCUUCUGCUAAACAGGAAACUAAAAGCCAACGAAGUCCCAAAAAAGCAAAAACAACUAAAACUAUAAUAAAAGAGAGUCUUGAUGAUGAUGAUUCUGAAUGCUGGGAGGAAGAAAUUGUUGCAGUUGAAACCGUCACUCGUGAUGAAAAAACUGGAGAAUUAUUGGUUUAUUUAAGAUGGGCUGAUGGUAGAACUUCAAGAAAUCCAGCUAAAGAAGCAAAUAUGAAAUGUCCUCAAAAGAUGAUUAAAUUUUAUGAACAACGUUUGACCUUUGCUCCCCCUUCCAUUCACAGAAGUUAA